AUGGCUCCACCUGGAUCGGCUCAUCUCAACUUUACCCUUGGCGGUUUGGUCAUGAUCGGUGGCGUCAUGGGAUACGUCAAGAAAAAGUCUGUCAUGAGCGCAGCCGGAGGAUUGACCUUUGGGGGUUUGUUGAUUGGAUCUGGAAUCUUGAUCUCGCAAGGUGAAUCCUACCAAGGUCACGCGCUUGCUUCUGGGGCCACGGGUGUCAUGACUGCGGCCAUGGGGCAAAGAUUCUUGAGUACUGGAAAGUUUAUGCCAGCGGGAAUGGUUGCUACACUUGGAGCAGCUGGAUUGGCCUACAAUGUCAAGAAGACUUUGGAAUGGAUGCCAACGAAGGAUGGUACGUGA